UCCCAGAAGAAAAACAAGCGGGGCGUACAAGUAUGACAACCAAUUGUGGAGCGUGAUGUCAGCUCCGCCCACUAGGUCGAUGGGCAUGGCUGUGUGGAUCCAAAAGUCAGUGGACCGCAACAGUGUCUCCAAAGGCAGUCUCUUUAUGAUCCAUCUGAAGCCUUGGAUUUGUUUCUUCCACAUGGGUUCUCAAUAAUAAAUCUUUUUCGUUGAUUCUCGCACAAUCUUUUUUAAUCGAUUUCUGACUCCAAAGCAUACAUUUCACUACAAAAAGACAACUCAGAUUCUCUACAGCAGACAAAACCCAUUACGCCAAGCAAGCCUAAGCCACCUUAUCAUCUUCUUCUUGUUUUGUUUUUAUCUAUGGAGAGAGAGAGAAUCUAAUUCAUAAUUGACAAUCAAGACAGUGGUUUCAUUAGCUCUUUUCUGGGGCUUAUGUUCAUAGUUUUUGAGAGAGAGAGAAAGAUUAAUAGAGACUGCGAUCUGUUAUUGUACAGCAAAAACUGAGAUUGGAAUACCCUUUUGCAUCCAAAGAAUGGUGGGUAUUUUCUCAAGAUUUUCUGUUGGUAGAGUUGGGCAUAGGCGAACCCAGAGUGCUCUUGAUGAGAGGGAAGUAUUGCCUCCAAAUGCAGACCUUACCAGGGCAGCCACUGGCACUGCUUCUGCUCCUCAUGGGAUUGAAGUAGCAGUAGAGUUUAAGCCAGUUGAGCACCCAACUGAGCCUUUCGACAGUGAUCAACCAAUUCAGUGCCCACUACCUGAACCUUCAAUACUUAAUGAUGGAAGACUAUGGAAGGAGCGAGUAUCUGCAACUGUGAGGAGGAGAGCUGACUUGCCUGUUAUGAAAGAAGGUGGGGCCCUUGAAUCUGAGUCUCCUGGGACAAAGCCGCGGCCAAUCCAGAGCAAUAGAUUGAUCCUACCGUCCAUCAGUGCUCCUGAACAUAAUUUGAUAAAACUACUUGAAGAAUGUAAUGCAUCUGGGAUCUAAAACCUGGUAUUGAUUUCUGAUUGGAAUAUGCAGCUUGACACAAUUUCCAUAUAUAAUUUCACUUCUCACUUCUUUUAUUUUAUAUCCUGGAUUAUCAACCAUUUAGAUAUGUGUAUUUUCCACAUGAUUUAUGGAAAGAAAAAUGGAUAUUGCCCACAA